UGACAGGUGUUGGAGGUCAACAUGCUAUGGAUUUGAUACCGUCCGGUGCACGGUACGCUGCUGGCGGGCACACGCCGCAGGUACUUCCCUCCUCUCACGUUACCCGUCCGCGCGAUGUCGGUGCCGGUGCCGGUGCCGCCGUGUCGAGCGCGUGCCUCUGAUCCUGAUCACAGGUCGAUCAUAUAGAUCAUAUAGAUCAUAUAGAUCAUAUAGAUCGGAGACCGAGAGGGAAGUUUACCUCCAGCGACCCGAGGAUAGAGGCGGAGAAUCGCAGCACGGCGCGUUAACUUAUAGGCUACACGUCGGACGGCAUGAUACUGUGAGGCGGCUGCAUGCGGCAGCCUGGACGAGCAUGAUGGAGGAGGCUGCCAGUCAGCUGGAGAGAGACCACGUGCACAGCGUCUAUGACAAGAUCGCUCCGUAUUUCAACGACAGCCGCUAUAAAGCCUGGCCCAAGGUACGCCAGUUCCUGCUGGACCUGCAGCCGGGGAGCAUCGUGGCUGACGUCGGUUGUGGCAAUGGCAAGUAUCUCCACAUCAACAAGGAGGUGUUCAAGCUGGGGUGCGAUGUUUGUCGCCCCCUGGUGGACUUUGCCUGGAGCCAAGGACACGAGGUCCAGAUGUGCGACGGGCUGCAUUUGCCUUACAGAGACGGCUGCUUCGACGCUGUGCUCUCUAUUGCAGUCAUCCAUCAUUUGUCCACCAAAGAACGUCGUAUCCGAGCAAUAAAGGAGAUGGCUCGCACCCUGCAAGUGGGCGGACGCAUCAUGAUCUACGUGUGGGCCAUGGAGCAGAAACGCCGUAAAUUUGAGAAACAGGACAUCUUCGUUCCCUGGAACCCCAACCCUCACUCGCCCUCCGGCUUCAACGCGGAGCACGCCACACCCAGAACGAGGGCCGCAGCUCAGAGCGCGAGCGAAGCCAUCGACAACGCCGACAAGCACAGGAAGGUUAGAAGCACAUCGUCCGUGGCGGACGAAGAAGACCUGAGCUGCACCGCGCCACAGCAGAGCACGCAGAGACUGUGGUUCUUCUCCAGGUCUCUGGAUUCUGUCUUCGACUUCGGAAGCCUGUCCGUCUCCCGCUCGUCCUCCAGAGACCUUAGCACUUUAGCGUCACCCACAGGCGAGAAGGCCAGCCGGCGCGGGAGACGGCAAGGCCUCAUCAAACAGGUCUCCAGCUUCUUUUACCCGCCGUCUGCCAUCGGAUCAGAGGAGGACGUCUUUGACUCGGCGCCCGGCCUGAACAAGGGACCAAAUGAUCCUGGAGGCAACAACAACGCCACCACAACCACCACCACCAACAACAACAACAACGGCACAGAAAACCAGAGUGUCUCAGUGUCUUUAGCCCAGGAGUGUGGCUCUCUGGCCCUGCCAGAUCUGGUCCCUUUCCAGGAGCACCUGAAGCAGUCUGGAGACGAAAGUAGAGGAGGGCUGCAGGGAGAAGAGCAGCAGCAGAGCACAAGGAGUCCUCAGGGGAGCGAGGGCCAGGCGGAGGGCUCCUGCCUGAGGUACUAUCACGUCUUCAGGGAGGGAGAGCUGGCGGAGCUGAUAGAGAAUCACGUUGAAGAGCUUCAUGUCAAACACACCUACUUUGAUCAUGCCAACUGGUGCGUGGUGGCAGAGAAAGUUCAAGUGUGGAGAAUAUGAUUUGAACUUUACAUUUUGCAUCAACUCUGCCUCAAGUUUUAGCACUGAAUCACACACUUGAAGAUUAUUACAUUUGUGUGACCUAAAAAGUGAAUACAUAUACAGAUGUAGCCAUUGCUGAAGGUACAGUACAUGAAACACUAAACUACUCCACUGCUGAAAUUCUCUACUUCGCUGUUUGGAAAAUGUAAUUUAUUAUUAUCUUAUUAGCUUUUUGUAGUCCCUGGAGCAUUAAAUGUUUUAGAUGGUAUCACUGUAAGUGAUUUGCAGCAGCAGUAGAGGAUGUUCAGCAAUGGCUGUCACUUCUAAACUGUACCACAUUUUUUUUAAGUAUUUAUUCGAUGUCAUGAAACCAACUAGCAGUAUCCAGAUAUCCGGUGUGUGUUCUCUUUUAUUAUCAAGAAUGAGUUUUUAUUAUCAAACCACAGCGAGCUCCAGCGCCGCUAAGGAUUUUAACUCUUUAUUAUUAUUUUUUUUAAAGAGCAUGUCUGCAAGAGAGAUGUUCAGACUUUUAAUAUUAGCCAAAGAGGAAUUUGUGAGAAUAAAGUAGUUCUGUGUCUGCCUGUUUUACAGUGACAUGUUCCUUAGCGCUGACUGCGAGCUAAACUUGCAGCAAGUAUCUGUUAUGAACUUCUUGGUGGGCCAUGUGUAUUCCAUCAUAAGCAGAAUAUCUUCAAGAACAUUUGUGCAUUUGCGUUUUAUUCUCUCAAGUGUUUCAGAGAACGUGUUGCCAGCGUGUGCGUGUGCUCGAUGUUUGUGAUAGUCGUGUGCUGUCUUGUGUUGAACUAAUACCACCGGUAUGUUUCAGCAAAUCAACUGCCUCAUAUACUGUGAAUAAACAUUGCACUGUACCAUGAAUCUGUCGCUGCUUAGAAAGAAUAGGUGGAAUUGGAAACCCACUAAUGUUCCCUUUGUGCCACGGACGACGCGCCUCUUCUUCUCAGUAGUGUGGACCAACAGUUUGUUCUGAACGGACACUGGUACCUUAAUGUCUUUCUGUGACCUGAUGUAAAUACUUUUGAGUUUGAAUUUGUUUUUCCUUAUUAAAUAUUUUUCAUCAUGA